AUGGCGACCGAAACAAAGGAAUACACCUACGCUGAUGUAGCGGCGCAUGACACCAAGGAGAGCAUGUACGUCGUCAUUGACGAUAAAGUCUACGACGUGUCGCCGUUCGUUGAUGAGCAUCCGGGAGGUGAAGAGGUUAUGCUGGACGUUGCUGGUCAGGAUGGAACAGAGGCUUUCGAGGAUGUUGGACAUUCGGACGAAGCUCGAGAGAUCCUUAGCAAAUAUCUUAUUGGAAACCUAAAAAGAAACGAGAACGACCCGAAACCAAUCAAGAUAUCCCAAUCUGCUGCUUCAUCGUCUGGCGAAUCAUCAGGUGGCCUCCCCGGUAUCGUUUACGCUGUCCUUGCUGCCGCUCUCGCAGCUGGUGGAUAUUACUAUCUGCAGCUACAACAGCAGCAAGCAACUGCUUGA